AUGAAGACCCCAUCGAAACUGGCGCUGUCAGCGCUCGUUGCCUUUAGUGCGAGUGCGACUGCAUCCUGGCAGGACGCUGGAGAAGGAUCUCAGCACUGUUGUCAAGCCUUGGCCGAUGCAGGCCUUGGAGACCGAUUGAUCCUACCUGACACUGCCGACUACGAAGACAGGGUUGAUGUCCACUGGUCCUUAGCUGCGCGACUCACGCCCUACUGCUUCGUUCGACCAGAGACGGCUGGUGAAGUUGCCAAGGUCGUGAACACGCUGGUCGAGGCCAACAAGACCUCGCCAUGCCAGUUUGCCAUCAGAUCAGGGGGCCAUACCACCUGGGCUGGCUCAGCCAACAUCGAGGAUGGCGUGACGGUCGACCUGGGCUAUAUGAAUAGCACCACCUACAACGCCGAGAACAAGACUGCAUCCGUACAACCUGGUGCCCGGUGGAAGGGUGUCUACUCCACGCUCGAUGCCCUUGGGAUAGCUGCUGCCGGAGGUCGCGCAUCUACUGUCGGCGUUGCAGGUCUAGCUACCGGUGGAGGCAACUCGUUUUAUGGCGCUCGCGAAGGUUUUGUCUGUGACAACGUGGUUCGUUUCGAGGUAGUGCUGGCCUCUGGUGAGAUUGUCGAGGCAGACAGGGACAACAAUGUCGACCUGUGGCAGUCUCUGAAAGGCGGUUCUAACAACUUCGGCAUUGUAACACGCCUGGAUCUUGCCACACUCGAGGGUAUCGAUCUGUGGGGAGGUGUCGUGACUUACUCCAAUGACACCACCAAGCAGCAGAUCCAAGCCAUGUACAAUUUUGGCGAAGAAGCCACAAAUGACCGCUACGCUAGCGCCAUCACGAUUUGGCAGUAUUCCACGACUACCGACACCAACAUGGUCAUCAAUGCCUACGAUUACACCAAGCCAGUGGCACGAGCUCCCAUCUUCGACGAGUUCCUGGCUAUCCCUGGCAACACAUCCGACAGCUUGCGGUUCACUAACAUGACGGAUCUGACCAUCGAGCUCGAACAAGCUGAAGGCUUUCGCGAUUCUUUCUUCACCCUGACCUUCAAGAACGACAUUCGUGUCAUGGAGAAGGCCAUUGAGCUCCACCACCAGUACUUGGAAAGACUCAAGGCUGCAGACAUCAAGGGCAACUGGACGCUACAAGACAUGUUCCAGCCAGUCCCCACAUUCUUCGCCGAACAUGGUGAGGAGAAGGGCGGCAACGUUCUGGGCCUUGGACGCUUCACCGACAACCUGCAAUUAUGGCAGACCUACCUCGCGUGGGAAGACGCGGCGCAAGACGACAUGUUCCACUCGUGGGGCAUGGAAUACAUCGCCGAGCUGGACGAGUUCGCCAAGUCCGUCGGCGCAGAUAACUCAUGGAUCUAUCUCGACUACGCCUACAAAACACAGGACCCCCUCGCCAGCUAUGGAGAGGAAAACCUGCAGAAGCUGCGUGAUGUCUCCAAGAAAUACGACCCGGAGGGCGUGUUCCAGACCAUGGUCCCUGGCGGCUUCAAAGUGUCCAAAGCUGGCAAGCCUGAGCAGACGCGAGGCUCUAAGAAGAUGCGGAAGCGAGAGUUGUAA